AUGAUCCCGAACUUGAGCACUAUUGCCACAAACUCUGGGGCUCACCUGCUUCCAUUAAUCCAACAUUGGCGAAGGCAUGGCAUUAAGCCUCAAGAUAGCAUGAGGCAACGUCUGAAGGUACGUCACCCAAGUGACGUCGCGAUUGAAGAUAAGAUCAAAUCUUUGAACGCUGGGAUCGCUCUGAUCCGAGAGGAUCCCAACUAUGUCAAAUUCCGCGAGUACCUACACCAUGCGAGGUGCGAGUGA